CCACUCUGGAGCAAGUACGGGUCCACUCGGCGACUCGCUGUGAUCCAGCGCAGACCGACUCCGGAUCCAUGCCGGAGCAGCUCCGGGUCUUUCCCGAACCCGGCGGGACCCGCUGCUACUGAGUCCGGGCGGGGAUAGGGGACAGGGGCCGGGACAGGGCGGGCAGGCAAGCGGGCAGUGACUGAGCGGACACGAUCCAGUGGACAGGUGCAGCGUGAGGGAGCGCACGCCCGAGGGAUCGCCGCUACCAUGAACCUCUUCAUCCUGCUCGUUUGCGUGAUGGGGGGCACCGUUGCCCAGGCUCCGGACGCUGCCCACGGCUGUGCCCAAGGCAGCUGCUACCCAGCAACGGGGGACCUACUGGUGGGCCGGCAGCGCAAGCUGACCGCAUCGUCCACCUGCGGGCUACGUGGCAAACAGCGCUACUGUAUCGUCAGCCACCUGCAGGAUGAGAAGAAGUGCUUCCUGUGCGACUCGCGCAGGUCAUACGACCGGCUACAGAACCCCAACAGUCACCGCGUGCGGAACGUGAUCACCGCAUUCACACAGUACCGCAAGGAGGCGUGGUGGCAGUCCGAGAACGGUGUUUCUGACGUCCAUCUCCAGCUGGACCUGGAGGCAGAGUUCCACUUCACCCACCUCAUCAUGACAUUCAAGACGUUCCGGCCAGCGUCCAUGCUGAUUGAGCGGUCAGCAGACUUUGGCCGCUCCUGGCAGGUUUACCGCUACUUCAGCCACGACUGCGCGACGGACUCUCCCGGCGUCCGGCGUGGCCCACAGCGGGAGGUCGACGAGGUCAUCUGCGAGUCCCGCUACUCAGAUAUCGAGCCCUCCACCGAGGGGGAGGUGAUCUUCAGAGUGCUGAACCCAGCCAUUGCCAUCGAGGAUCCCUACAGCCCCCGCAUCCAGAAUCUGUUGAAGAUCACCAACCUGAGGGUGAACUUCACCAAGCUGCGGACGCUGGGUGACAAUCUGCUGGAUACGCGGCGUGAGAUCAAGGAGAAGUACUACUACGCUUUGUACGAGCUGGUGGUGCGCGGCAACUGCUUCUGCUAUGGCCACGCCAGCGAGUGCGCGCCCAUUGCCGGCGUCCCUGGCAACAUCGAGGGCAUGGUACACGGGAGGUGCGUGUGUAACCACAACACACAUGGGCUGAACUGCGAGAAAUGUGCAGACUUCUACAACGAGCGUCCCUGGAGGCCGGCUGAGGGCCGAAACACCAACGCAUGCAAACGCUGCGACUGCAACAACCACUCUGCCCGCUGCCACUUCGACAUGGCGGUGUUCCUGGCAACGGGCAAUGCCAGCGGCGGCGUGUGUGACGACUGUUUCCACAACACCAUGGGCAAGAACUGCGAGAUGUGCAAACCAUUCUACUACCACCACCCGUCCCGGGACAUGCGUGACCCACGCGUGUGCAUGCCCUGUGACUGUGACCCGGACGGCUCGCUGGACGGAGGGAUGUGUGACGGACGUGAGGAGUCCUCGCUGGGAGCGCUGGCCGGGCAGUGUCGGUGCAAGGAGCACGUGCAGGGAGCACGUUGUGACCAGUGCAAGGCCGGCUACUACGGACUCAGUGCAGCCAACCCACAGGGCUGUCAGCCUUGCUGGUGCGACCCCCGUGGGACGGUGCUUCGCCCUGUGACCCGUGACCCCGUCACUGGCGACUGCUUCUGCAAGAGGCUGGUGACCGGGCGGCGCUGUGACCAGUGUGUGGGGGAACACUGGGGGCUGAGCCACGAUGUCAGCGGCUGCCGGACCUGUGACUGCGACCUGGGUGGAGCGCACGACAACCAGUGCUCGAUGGAGACGGGUCAGUGCCGGUGCCGGGACCAUCUGACGGGCCGGCGGUGUGACGGUGUGCAGUCCGGCCACUACCUGCCUGCGCUUGACCACCUCACGUACGAGGGGGAGCUGGCCCAGCACGGCACCGGGGUGACGGUGGUUUCGCGGCAGCGCCUGGGGCCGGAGCCGGUGACCUGGACGGGUGCCGGCUUUGCCCAGGUGCUGGUGGGCGGAGUGCUGGAGUUCCGGGUGGACGACGUUCCCAACUCCAUGGAGUACGACGUGGUGAUCCGCUACGAGCCGCAGCUGCGAGGGGAGUGGGAGAGGCUGGUGGUCUCAGUGAAGAGGCCGGGACCCAUCCCCACCAGCAGCCCGUGCGGUAACACCAUCCCUGCCGACGACAUCCUUACCGCCCGCCUGCUGCAAACACCCUGGUAUGUGGUGCUCCCACAGCCCGUGUGCCUGGAGCGGGGGGUAAUCUACACCCUGCGGCUCCACUUCCAGCACUACUCCGCCAGGGAGCGGGUUCCCAACGCCAGCAUCCUGCUCGACUCGAUAGUCCUGGUCCCUCGUUACUCCUCGCUGGAGAUGUUCAUCGCUGGGGACGCUGCCUCCAUCGCCAGGAAGGAGACCUUCGAGCGCUACCGUUGCCAUGGCAACAGCAUCAUCCUGGGCCCCCCGGCCGUGCCCCAGCACUGCCAGCCGCUCAUCGACAGUAUGGCCGCUCUGGUGUACCACGGCGCACAGCUGUGCCGCUGUGACCUCCAGGGCUCGAUGAGCUCGGAGUGCCGUCCGCGGGGCGGGCAAUGCCAGUGCAAGGCCAACGUGAUGGGUCAACGGUGCCACAGCUGCAGCCCCGGCACCUUCGGCUUUGGACCCGCCGGCUGCAGGGCGUGCCGCUGUGAUCCAGAGGGGUCAGUGGGGCCACAGUGUGACCCAGUCGGCGGUCAGUGCCAGUGCCGGUCAGGGGCGUUCGGCUCCCAGUGCGGUCAGUGCCAGCGGGGGCACUGGGGAUUCCCCACCUGCCGACUCUGCCAGUGCCACGGGCACGCCGAGGAGUGUGAGUCCCACACUGGAGCCUGCCAGGGCUGCCGGCACCACACCAGCGGCACACACUGCCAGCAGUAAGUGUGCCCCCCCGGUUACUAUGGGAACCCGGAGCUGGGUGCAGGGGGGCAGUGCCGUCCAUGCCCGUGUCCGGGUGGUCCGGGCAGUGACCGCAACUUUGCCACCUCUUGUCGGCUGGACGGGCACAGCGGGCAGCUGGUGUGUGAGUGCCAGGCCGGACACACAGGCCCCCGAUGCCAGGAGUGUGCGCCCGGUUACUAUGGAAACCCCUUGUUGCCAGGGGGCCGGUGUGCUCCGUGCCAGUGCCAUGGCAACGUUGCCGCGGGCGAUCCUCGGGCCUGUGACCGGGAGACGGGCCGGUGUCUGAGGUGCCUGUACCACACGGAGGGUGCGCAGUGCCAACUCUGCCGGCGGGGUUACCACGGCGAUGCCCGGCGACGCUCCUGCCGCAAGUGUACCUGCAAUGUGCUGGGCACUGCCAGCGGCCAUUGUCCGCCACAGGAGGGGUGUGAGUGUGACCGGACCACCGGGCAGUGUCCGUGCCUGCCCAACGUCACCGGCCAGAACUGUGACCGCUGCACCCCUGACCACUGGAACCUGGCCGGUGGGUCCGGCUGCCAGCUCUGCCGCUGCGCCACCACCAACGUAUUCUCCGCAACCUGCAACGAGGUGAGCGGGCAGUGCCAGUGUCGUCCUGGCUUUGGGGGCCAGACCUGCACCGACUGCCAGGAGAAUCACUGGGGUGACCCCAACGUGCAUUGUCGAGUGUGUGACUGUGAUGAACAGGGGGUGCAGAGUGGUCAGUGUGACCGUGCUACUGGUCACUGUGCCUGUCGUCCAGGCGUGUCGGGUGUGCGCUGCGACGCGUGUGCCCGCGGCUUCUCGGGGGAGUUUCCCGUGUGCCAGGUGUGCCACGCGUGCUUUGGGGACUGGGACCGGCUGGUGCAGGACCUGGCGGCGCAGACCCGUGACCUGGCGCGGCGGGCCGCCGACAUCCGGCUAUCUGGCAUCAGCGCUCUCUACGACAAGAACUUCCGGGAGCUGGAGGAGAAGCUGCGGCGGGCGCAACAAAUAGUCAGCGCCCGCAACACCACCGCAGCCGCCAUCGCAGGGCUGAUGCAGCUGAUCAACGAGCUGCGGGAGAGGGUGAGUGGGACGACGGACACGCUGGACGGGCUGGAGGGGACGCUGACGGCGGUGCAGCAGCAGAACGGGGGGGCCAGCGUGGAGCUGGGGCACCUGGAGCGAGACGUCCUCGCCCUCAACAUGUCCGCCCGCUACCUGGGCCGCCAGCUCGACAAACUCAGGCACGCCAACUUCCUGGGUGCCUACGACAGCAUCAGCCAGUCGUACCGGCAGUCCUGGCAGGCGGAGUGGGCGGUGAAUGCCUCCACUGUGGCCGUGCCCUGCACGGUCAGUGAAUCGUUGGGCACCCGCCGCCGUGUCGAGCUACUGCUCCGGGCGAGGAAGGACGACUUCCACCGCAAGAAUGCCGCCAACCGGCGCGCGCUCAACGACCUCAGCGCCAAGGUGCAGACACUCAGCCUGGAGAACGUCAACGAGAAGGUGUGCGGUCUCCCCGGUAACCUGCCGUGUGCGGACAGUCCCUGCGGUGGGGCCGGCUGCUACGAGGACGACGGCACUCGGCGCUGCGGCGGCCUGAACUGCAACGGUGCAGUGGCGGUGGCAGAUACGGCGCUGGGCCGCGCACGUCAGUCCGAGCAAGAGAUCCGGCAGGCCAUGAACGAGGUGGAGGAGCUCUUCAACAAGGUGGCCGAGGCCAAGGUGAGGGCGAAUGAGGCAAAGCGGAAAGCCCAGGGAACGCUGGACAAAGCCAAUGAUGCCAAGGACAGGAUCAGUCACUCCAACAAAGAGCUGCGUGAUCUCAUUCGGCAAAUCCGAGACUUCCUCACACAGGAGGGAGCAGAUCCCGACAGCAUUGAGGAGGUGGCCACCCAGGUCAUGAACAUCCACAUCCCCGCUAACCCACAGCAGAUCCGUUACCUUGCCGAAGAGAUCAAGGACAGGGUGAGCAGCUUGUCCAACGUGGAUGACAUCCUGGACCAGACCGCGGACGAUGUGAGAAAAGCAGGAGAACUCCUUCAGGACGCUAGGAGGGCCCGGGGCCGUGCCGAGAACGUGAAGCAGACGGCGGAGGCGGUGAAGCGGGCCCUGGAGGAAGCAGGCCGGGCCCAGGCUGCUGCCGACACCGCCAUCCAGCAGGCCCGGGGAGACAUCGAGGACAGCGAGCGGGUGCUCAAUGAGAUCCGUGGUGAGACUGCGGGUGCGGAGCGGGAGCUGAUGAAGGCAAUGGACCAGCUGACCCAGCUGGACGGCAGGAUCGACGCGCUCAGGAUGAAGCGAGCCAACAACUCUUUGGUGGCCACGCGGGCACGGGACACGGCCGGCCAGGCCCGGGACAAAGCCAACGAGGCCAAGCAGAUUUUGGACGGGCUGCUGAAGGACAAAUACAAAACGGCGCAGGGACUGAUAGACCGCAAGAGCGGCACCGUGUUCAACGCCAAACACAAGGCUGAGAGCCUUCGCGACGAGGCCAAGGAGCUGCUGACAGACGCACAGGUCAAACUCGAGAGGCUGAACGAUCUCGAGGGUGCUUACAAAAUCAAUGAGCAGGUUUUGGAAAGAAAGGCACGGCAGCUGGACGGACUGGAGGAGAAGAUGAAAGAGAUAUUGAAAGCCAUUAAUCAACAGAUCCAGAUCUACAACACCUGCCAAUAACCUGAACCCUGUGCGUGUGUAACCCAGCCUUUAGUGGAGCUGACAGAAUCCCACAGUUUUGAUGCAAUGUUUAUUAAGCAACGUAUACCAAACCCUGGCUUUUCCUACCCACACCAAACCCUCGUCACCCCGAUACCUCUGGAAUCCCAACUGGCCUGUGGCCUCCAAAGCUCCCAACCAAAGACGGGGACAUGGCAGAAUGAUGAGCUGCUUAUACAAGGAACUGCGAGUGCUGCAAUCAAUUCCCUACUCCUUUGUUACACCAUUCAACAGCUGAGGAAUAUCAGGAUUAUUGGAUUUGAAUUAAAGAUGCCUUUGUUGAUCCAUUCACCCGUUGGGUGUAACACCACGUGCCAGUGAGCUGGAUGGCCACAUGACAAGUGGGUACUGUGUUCUUUUAGCAUGGAGCUGAGCAGGUCAUGUUCAAAGCACAAAGUACUGGAGAAACUCAGCAGGUCCAACAGCAUCUGUGGAAGGAAUGGACAGGUGACGUUUCAGGUCGGGACCCUUCUUCAGACAGCUGUAUGAGUGAAUGAGGAGCUGUGCUUUCAGGGGAGAUUGGAGUGGGUAAGGGGAGUGGUUAAAGAAGGGUCCUGACCCGAAACAUCACCUGUCCAUUCCUUCCACAAAUGCUACCCGACCGGCUGAGUUUCUCCAGUACUUUGUGUUUUGAACAUGGCCUACUCAACUCCAAAGAUCCUCUAGCUCGCUAAAAGAUCUUUGCUCAACUGUGCUGAAACAACAAAGGCUAUCCAUGUGUCCUGUUGAACUCCAGUUCAGUUCUUCAAUGGUUUGACAAAGGAGUAGAGAGGGAAUUAAAUAUCUGUUAAAAUAUUAUUUUAACUUUGUGUUUAUUGCUCCCCAUGUACACAAUUGAAACCCAACCUGUGACCACGGCCACUAUUUGUCUGUGUCUCAACCGAACAUCUCGCCUGUCCGUGAACCCUUGUUUAAUGAGGAGCAAGUGAAGGACUCGGCUCUGUAAUGUCCAGCCUUGCCCCGCCCACUAUUGUACCUGUGGGUCAGAUGUAGAUGUCCAUGGGAGCGACAGCAUCUUAUUUUGACUCAAACUUGGGAAGGAAUAUUUAUUUCCCAGGACGAAUCAGCCUGCAGAAUCAAAGUCAUGGAGUUUUCUUUGAUAGAAAAUGAUUUGAUAGAUGAAUGAUUUGAUAGAUUUGCAGGGAUGUUGGUUAAUUUUGGUCGGCCAUUUGAGACAGCCUGGAAAUACCAGGCCCUAUCGUGACUCGUUUCCAACCUGCUCUCAUCUUUUUAUACUUUUUUAAGAAGGUAAAUAUUGAAGGAGCAUCCAGUUUUCACUUGGCUAGUUGCUGAGUGCAGCAGCGAUCUCCCCGUCAGUGUUGAAUGCUCCUGUCCUGUACAUACCCCAAGUGCUGAACUGCCGAGGUGUUGUUGACUCAGGCAACGUGGGGAUCUUACCUUUUGCCUUAAACUUAGCCAGCCAAGAACCAAAGACGCUACAAAUGCCAAAGGAACUUAUUAAUCCUCUUCAUACGUAGGCUUUAGAUUGCCAGUAAACUGAUCUCCGCAUGCUGAACAGUAACUAGUUAUCAGGAUAUGCCAGAACUUUAAUGCUGUUUCUAAUUUAGUUCAGUGUUGGCAUUGAACCACAGAGUACAGGAGUCCAUUCCCUGUCACAUCUGUGCUAGCCUUUCACAAAGAGCUUCAAUUAUUCCCCAUAUCCCCGCUGAUGUUUCCCUUUUUGCCAGUGGUUUACCUGCCACUUCCAGUUACACAGUUACCAGAUCAAAACUCACUCCAAAACAACCUUAAAACCCCGCCCACUGCUCUCUGAUGUGCUGGAGUGGAAAGGAAACAGAGAACCGUGGAGUGCAGGAUGUGGCCCUGUGGCCUGUGGCUUUCCGGCCACCCAUCAGAGAUCAGAUGUUCGGCAGGUCAGACAACGUCUAUGGGGAGAGGACCGGAGUCAUCGUGACGGGUCGUCCACCUGCAACAUUGUGUCCCUGGCUCCCUCUGUUGGGUGGCUUCACAUUUCCAGCAUCUGUAAUUUAUUGGUUUUUCUGCCCCAUCAAAACUUUUCACAAGUUUGACAAUCUCUGCUGAAGGAGAACAGUCUGGCAGUUCAGCUUUUGUUGGCAGUCAAUUCGUGUUCAUACUGUAAAUCUGCAUUGACACUUGCCUUUGUCUUGGGCUGGGUAGUGAUGACCAGCAGUGCAUCACGAGUAGCACGGAUUUUGGUCUCUGAUGCAUGUUUACAUUCAGUUUCUGAACUUUAAUGUAUGAAGCCACAACACCAGCAUAAAUAUCGAAUAAGCUGCUCCCAGAAAUUAUUAGUCAGAACGGCCGCCAGUGUGGAUCGACAUAGGACCGUGGAAGAGUUUCUGAUUCUCUUUGCGUACUCUUCUGAUACUCUUUUCUUCCUCUUAUGGGAGGCUCCUUGCACCAAAUUCCUUUUAUAUUACAUUCUACGCUCCUUUGAAGCUCUGGAAUAUCUUAGACUUUUAGGGCCAGGAUUUAAGAAGUAAAUAUUGGCAGAUCAGUUUCACUCCUUUCACAGACAGCGUGAGACAUAACUAAUGGAAUGUUUUUCACAGAGUUGAUCUGAGAGAAAUCUCUGCCUGGAAACAGCGUGAUCCCAACAUCACUGUUGCCCAAUAGCCUUGUGUGCCUCUUGGUAAUCCAGAUGUAACUCACCCCGUUUCUAAUUGAUGACUAGAAAAUAAAUGACAAUCAUUGGA